AUGUGGCGGUCCUUAUUGUUAGCAGUGUUUCUAGUACCAUGUCCUGUAUCAUUACUCGAUUUGGAAUAUCUCGAUCCAACCAAACUACAGACAGUGGCCUCGGCACACGCCCAAAAGCGUGCCGCCUUGCACAUCAUACGAAGGUACUCAAAACAAGUAUUCGUUGAAAUCAAUCAUCUCUGGUUUUAUAACGGCAGAGACUCCUUCAACAUAAAAACCACUGAUGGAUUUUUAUUCAUCAAAGCCAGCACCGGAGUUGCUGCAGUUUGGGGCUUCAACUAUUACCUCAAGAAAUACUGUAAGAGCCAAAUUGAGUGGCAGACCCAGAACGUUAAUAUUCCAAAAUUCCUUCCCUUCGCCGACGAAACAGUUGUAGCAAAUGACCGAUUCCGAUACUAUCAGAACACGUGCACCGUAUCUUUAAGCUUCGUCUGGUGGAACAUCGGCGAUUGGAAGAAGCACAUAGAAUGGAUGGCAUUGAAUGGAAUCAAUCUUACAUUGGCUCCUGUGGCUCAGGAAGCUAUUUGGGCUCGAAUAUACCGUAAACUUGGCAUGACACAAAGAGAAAUAGACAAUCACUUCACUGGACCACCGUAUUUAACUUGGCUGCGAGCUGGCAACAUCCAUGGCUGGGGUGGGCCACUGCCUCCCUCGUGGCAUAAACUCCAAUUACAGAUACAAGAAACAGUUAUUGACUCCUUACUGAAUCUUGGAAUUGUCCCUAUAAUACCAGCCUUUAAUGGUCAUGUACCUGUGGAAUUUUCGAGGAUAUACCCGAAUCAAACGUUUUACAAUGUAAAACCAUGGAGUAACUUUGGUACCGACUACUGCUGCGGGUUAUUUGUUAGUCCGAUCAAUCAUAUAUUUAAGAAACUUGGUAAGAUGUUUUUAGAAGAAUUGGGUAACAUGCCAGGUUGUCACAUAUUCAUAUCAAAUCCGUUUAACGAAGUGACUUUACCUGACUUUGAUACAGAGUUAGCGCUUGAGACAGCUGGAGCUAUUUUUGCAACGAUUUCUGAGUUCGAUCGGCGAGCAGUUUGGGUAGUGCAAAAUUCUAUGUUUGUCAACAGGUGGCCAAAGGAAAGAGUUGAAGCUUUUUUAGACGCAGUACCAUAUGGAAGAAUGCUUGUGCUUGAUAUGGAAUCAGAGAGGUUACCAAAAUAUUACUCUUUUAACAUGUAUUAUGGUCAGCCGUUCAUCUGGUGCAUGCUGCACAACUUCGGUGGCACACUGGGCAUGUUCGGUAAUAUGAUCACGAUAAACAAGGACGUGUACGAAGUGCGGUCGCACGAUAACAGCACCAUGAUCGGCAUCGGCCUCACUCCGGAGGGAAUCAAUCAGAACUAUGUGGUGUACGACCUGAUGCUAGAGUCUGCCUGGCGCAAGUCUCCCGUUGAAGACCUCAAUGCGUGGGCCGCUGAAUACGCAGAGAGAAGAUAUGGGUGCGAAGCCACAGAAGCUUGGAGAUUCUUACUUAAAAGUGUUUAUAGUUACGAAGGAUUUGGUAAAAUAGAUGGCUCAUACAUUACGACCAAGAAGCCUAGUUUCAACUACAGCCCUUGGGCUUGGUAUAAUAGUAGUGAUCUAUUUCAAGCAUUGAAUAAAUUACUUUUCCUCAACAAUAGCACUUGUGAUUCUAAAGGAUACCGUUAUGACUUAGUGGAUUUGACGCGACAAGUUUUACAAUAUAGAAUCGAACAGAUAUUUCUUAAACUAGUAGACGAGAGAAACACAAGUAGGUAUAAAGACACAGUAGAAUUAUUUUUGGAUGCUUUUGAUGAUCUGGCUAUGAUUCUGGCUACUGAUACCAAUUUUGUGGCUGCACCUUGGUUUAAGAAAGCAAGAGAUUUAGGUAAAACACGUGAAGAAGCAGAUUUGUAUGAGCACAAUGCUUGGAACCAGCUAACUACCUGGGGUCCUAAUGGACAACUUAACGACUAUGCGUGUAAGCAAUGGUCAGAAAUGGUCGCGUAUUACUACAGGCCUGGAUGGGCGAAAUUUUUGUAUGGCACGAUGAGAGCAGUAAAUAGAAAUUGGGAAUCGACGGUAAAGCCAGGUAAGGUGAAACAAAGGCUAGUUUAUAACACGAAGAAUGUUUUGCUCCGUGGCAUGAGGAAGAAGAGUCCUUAUGGCAUGGCUCUGCGGUUAUACUACAAAUGGAUAUCGAUACCUGGUCUCCGAGAUCUACGUAUUGUUACUGCCGAGAAUCCUGUUGAUGGGAAAACUUUUGAAGGAGGAGAUUAUUAUGAACCAGACUAUGUGAUAGAUAAGUGA